UCCGGCUACACAGUCGCUUAGUAACCGUGUGGGAACGCUAGCGCGAUGUGAUGACGCCAGGAAGCGAGCUUGCUUUCAUUCGCGCCUACAGGUUACGUCAUCCAUUAUCUGAUUGCUGAUUGGCUACAGCGGAGAAGCUACCCAGUGAGCGAGUCGCAUUGUGGCUUAUCGUAUCCUGCCAUGAUUGGGUGAAACAGAAUCGAUCGACGCAUCUCUGUGCCUGUUACUAUGGGCAACGAGAAGGGGACGGAGAAGAUCCUGAAUCUGAUCCUGGAGAUCAUCUGGCUGCUGACUGGAGAGGAGUGCGUCGUUGUGAAGAAGAAUGGGGAGCAAAUCACAGAUGGAGUCAAUCAAAUCCACAUCCCUAAAAUGGAUCCGCCCCCUAAUUCCUCAGCACGCAAUAGGGCCCCCCACUUGCCAAUCACUGAGGUUCCACUCGGCUAUGAGGGUGUGUCCGUCUGUCUUUCCCCGGAGGGAUGGAAAUAUACAGCGAGGCACAAAGGGAGUGCUGGUGCUGACCCAGACGUAGCAGUGAAUAAUACAAACUCAGAGCUGAGAGUUGAGGAAAUCCUUAUGGAACCAGAUACAAGUGCAGACUGUAAUAGAAAUACACCGGAAAUACACCGAUGGUCUGCGCCGAAUUAUACAGAUGGAGAUAAUGUGGCCCCACACAACUAUCAGGUCCAACCAGCAGCAAUGAUGGUGCCACAUAACUACAAGGAAGAGGAGAUUCCUACGGAAAUCAGUGUCGGUGAAUCUGCUGACAGGAUUAUACCCCCAAAGUCUCCCAUUCUGCAGUACCAGACUGUGCAGGGGGCAGAACAGGGACUCACACAGAAUUAUCAGAUUGAGCCGCCUGAUACAAUUAGCCAACAGGAGCGCUGUGAUGAUGAUGUAGUGUUACCCCAGCACUGCAGAGAGGAUGCACAGUGCAAGAUGGAGGAAGAGGAGAUAUAUGCAGAACCUGCCGGCUUGGGAAACCAGUUGAACACCAGUCCCACUUACCACCCUAACCUGGUACAUGAAACCGAUCUGUCCCAGAAUGCCAAGCAAUAUCAAAGAGAACACUGUGCUAGCGGAAAGCCGCACAACCUGGUAGUGGAUACGGGAUUUCAUUCGGAGGAAUUCCAGAAUCCAGCUGCAUUUCCCAGAGGGCAUGCAGGCCGCUCACAGGCGCUCAAUAGGUCCCUCCAAGGAUCUCCCUGUGCUCAGCCAAUCACAUCAGUGAAACAGAAACAUGCAGUGGAUAGAAGGGAGUUUAGGAAUAACCUGGAAUUUACGUUGCACCUGAAAUCACACAGCCGGGAGCCAAUGGGCUCAGGUAGCAGCGAGAGCUUCGCUAAUCAUUCAGGCUUUGCCCUGCAGACAAUGCAGAGGGGACAGUGUGUUAGAGCUGUACUCACCAGAACUAAGAUGGCCGCACAGCAGUGCAUCCAGGCAGCAAACAAAGGUUAUGUGUGCCCGACUUGUGGCAAAGGGUUCAGCCAAAAAUCAGACCUUAUUGUUCAUCAGAGAAUCCACACGGGGGAGAAACCCUUUGUCUGCUCCGACUGUGGGAAAUCCUUCACCCAACGGGGGCAUCGCACUUCUCAUAUGCGCUCCCACACGGGAGAGAAGCCCUUUUCCUGCGCCGAGUGUGGGAAGCGCUUUACCCGGAAGUCCACUCUUAUUGUGCAUCAGAGGAGUCAUACACAUUCCAAAUACGCGUGUUCCGACUGUGGUGCGUGUUUCACAAAACACGCAGUUCUUGCUGCACAUCAGAAGACUCACAUCAAAUAGAUAUCCGAUACAAUAAGUUACACAGGUGGGGGAUUACCCAGAAUUCUCAGGACCUGGGGUUUCAAGACAAGGGAUAUUGCUUUAAUUUGGAUCUCCAGACCUUAAGCAAUCCCAUACCUGUACUGUAAAUUAUACUACUGGGCGCUAACGUUGCCUAGUAGCGGUAGUCCAUAGCAACCAAUAAGAUAUUUGCUUUUAACCAGGUAAACCUACCUGCUCAUUGGUUGCAAUGGGCUACUGCUCCUCAGCAAACUUAGUGCCUUGUAUUACAUAACCCCCCCAUAUGUUUUUUUGCAGUUACCGUCAUCUCCAUAUACAAGUAUGAGACCUAUUAUUCAAAAUUCUAGGGACCUGGGGUUUUCUGGAUAAGGGAUCUUUCUGCAAUUUGGAUCUUUGUACCUUUAAUCUACUAAAAAUCUUAAACAUGGAAUAAACCCAGUAUGAUUGCUUUGCCUCCAAUAAAGAUAAAUUAUAUCUUA